UGUUCAAAAAAUUAUAUGCGUUUGUUACAGUGUAUAUAAAAAGGUGAUAUUUUCUCUCAAUAUCAUUGAGACUUGCAGGAACGAAUAUUCAAUAUGGUGCCUAUCAGAGUCUUACUGCUGAUCGCAAUACCGCUUAUUGGUAUCUUUUUGCAAAAAUCAUCCAGCAAGAGCGUUGACGAAAUCAAUCAUCAUGUGGAAAUUUCCUCAGACCUCCAAGGGGACCAUGAGCUGAUUAGAACCAGGCGAGACGUUGACAGUAUUAUUGCAGAUGAAAUAGCAGAAAUAGAAAAACGUAGGAUUCGACGUAGGCGAAGAGGGGGUCGCAGAAUUGUUCGUCGCAAGCCUGGUCGCAAGCCUGGUCGAGUAGGGGGAUCAAGGGUCAGAUUGCCCAGUGCCGGCAGUGCAUUACAAGGUGCUGGUGAUAUUCUUGGUGCCGUGGACUCUGGUUUAGGUAUAGCACAGACUGUGGGCGAUAUGAAUCAGGGCAAUGAUGACAAUGGAGGUGAUUACUAGGAGCAAAAUGCCUAAAAUACUGUACAACAUAUCAAACAAAAUAAAUCAAUAAUUUAUUGAU